AAAAUCAGGCGCGCUGGCCGGAGCGUGAAGUGAACGGCGAAGGACGGAAAGAGUUCGCUUCCCGCCAUAAUUUUCCGAAGCUGAAAGACGAGAAUCUGAAAUCGGGCGGAGGGGAAAUGGGGCGAGCUCCGAAGAGCGCCGGGCCGAACCCUAGCGACGGCAACCCGGAGGCGGCGGAGCGGCGGAGGCUGAAGAGGCUCGCCCUCGCGAGGGGGGCGCUGUCGGAGGCUCCGGCGAGAUGCGGCGCCCCGCUGGGCCCUUCCAAGACGGCGCUGAAGCACCACGGCAAGGACAUCGUCAAGAGGUCCCAGCGGAAGAACCGCUUCCUCUUCUCGUUCCCUGGCCUCCUCGCCCCGAUCGGCGGCGGAAAGGUCGGGGAGCUCAAGGACCUGGGCACCAAGAACCCCGUCCUCUACCUCGACUUCCCUCAGGGACAGAUGAAGUUGUUCGGGACAGUUGUAUUUCCAGAAAACAGGUAUCUGACAUUGCAGUUCUCUAAAGGCGGGAAGAAUGUUAUGUGCGAGGAUUACUUUGAUAACAUGAUUGUAUUUUCGGAUGCCUGGUGGAUUGGGAAAAAGGAUGAGAACCCCGAGGAAGCGCGUUUGGAGUUUCCUGAGGAGUUGAUUGAGGGCCAACAUCUAGAACAUGACUUUCAAGGUGGGGCAGGUGGAAGCAUUGCAGAUAAGCUACCGCGUAAUAGAACAGCAAAGAAAAUUGCGGAAGACCCCCAGACUCCUAGAUCUCCACCUGAAGAUGAUGCAUCAAAUGAUGACAAUGAGUUGAAAGAACCAAUGGAAGUGACACCGAUUCGCCAUUCAGAGAGAAACAUGGGAAAAAAGUUAAGAUAUAUGGAGAUUUCUUCUGGAGAUGAUUCUAUUGGAAGUGAUUUGGGUGUGGCUGAUGCAGAAGAAGAAAAGAUUCCAGGUUCCUUAUUAGCACAAUCUAACAUUUACCAUCGAGAUUCUGUAGAAAUGAUGGAACAAAGUGAAGACUGUUCUGUAUUAGCAACUAAGUCUAAGAAACAGUCUGUUACUUCAACCACGUCAAAGGGAACGUCUCAUGCUAGUCAUGGUUCACUUGUUCAGGCGACCAUCUCUACAUUGUUUAAGAAAGUGGAGAAAAAGAAUGGACCAGAAAAGCAGGAGAAAUCUCGAUCAGUUACAGUUUCUGGGAAGAAAUCAAGGAAGACUGAAUCAAAGAGGAAAUUUGAUCAGUCUCAGGAGGGAUGGAUAAAAAAGAGAAAAGUGACAAGAGGAAAAGAAAUCAGUGUGCAAGAGAUCCAGGCAAAAAAUGAAGAUUUCGAGGUUGAAGAGGACCCCAUUGAAGAGUCAUCAAGCGCAUCACAGGACGCUGAAGGAAGUGAUGCAGAGUGGACUGCUUGAGAUCCUAAAGUGACUACACUUUGUUGCCCAAGGCAUGCUUAUUCGAAAACAUUCAGGCGCGUCCCUUGAUUCCUCUCGGAUGUCUAUCUUCCACAGUAUCCCACACAGCCAAAGCAUCGCUGCAUUAGCCAUAAUAGCCAUAACCAUAGAGUUUCUUUUCUUCCAUCUUUUGCUUUUUUCCUAUAAACCAGAUUCUUUUCCUCCAACUUGGGAAAGGUCGUCUGAUAGAACUAGCGACCAAUUUUUUUUUAUUAUUGUUAAAGCAUAAUUAUUUACUAUGUAAAUCAUAUACGCAAGCUGUACACUUCUAUGACCGGAACACUUUUACGGUACAUCGAUAUUGUUUAUUAUCAAA